AUGUCGUCACCAUCCUCUACGUCUUCCGCGAAGCGGAAAAGGACGACCGCCCCAACCGACCUCCAACAACCAUCGUCGCGCGACGCUUCAGGCGAAGAGCUGGCCGAUUCGCCCUCGCACAACCUACGGAACCGCAAGCAUGCCUCGAGUAAUUCUAUCGACGGUGCAGUGCCGCCUAGUAAGCGAGCUCGCACUCGGUCCAUCGCCAAACCUGUCGAGCCCAAUGGAGCGAGUGAAAAGGACGUUGCCAAUGAGGAAGACCCUGGUGAGCCGUCAAGCACUACUGCGGAUAGCCAAGAGAUCGAAGAAACGGCCAGGAAAAGGCAAAGGACCGUCACAAGUGCUAUGAAGAAAGCAAUUGUCAAUGACGACCGGGGCACAAUGGAGAAUGUACCAAAAGCAGGCUUGAGGGAUCCCGUUGGGUACAAGACCAAUCCGCCACCGGUUGGUAGGCCCGUCAGAGUCUACGCUGACGGUGUGUUUGAUCUCUUCCACCUUGGGCACAUGCGCCAGCUGGAACAAGCGAAGACCGCAUUCCCAGAUACCUAUCUAAUAGUCGGGGUUACGGGCGACGCCGAGACACACAAGCGUAAAGGUCUGACCGUGCUCACUGGUGCAGAAAGAGCCGAGACGCUUCGCCAUUGCAGAUGGGUCGACGAAGUCAUCCCUAAUUGCCCCUGGAUUGUGACCCCAGAGUUCCUGGAAAAGCAUAAGAUUGACUAUGUGGCCCACGACGACGAACCCUAUGGCGCCGAUGAAGGGGACGAUAUCUAUGCGCCUAUUAAAAAGGAGGGCAAGUUCCUGGUCACGCAACGAACCGAGGGAGUCUCGACAACGGGAAUCAUUACAAAGAUUGUUCGAGAUUAUGAAAAGUACAUCGUUCGCCAACUCAAGCGAGGGACUAGCCGGCAAGAGCUGAACAUAAGCUGGCUCAAGAAAAACGAACUUGAUCUCAAGAGGCACAUGCAGGAGCUGAGAGACAGCGUCAAGUCAAACUGGGUCACUGCCGGAGGAGAGAUCUCCCGGGACCUGCGGUCAUUCUGGACGAAUGCCAGUUCGAGACCCGCGAGUCCUGCUCCGUUUAACAGACAACUGAGCGAUGGAGGCCUCAAGAGUCCCCUCCUCAGCGGUGGCAUGACUACCGUCGAGCAAUUGAAACAGUUGGAGACGGCCAUCAACCCAGAGAAGCGAAGUGACUCUCCUGGUAGGCUCAGUAGGAGCGAAGAUUUUGCCGCAGGAUACAGCUUGGGGUUGAUUGGGGGUGUGAAAUCAUGGAUGAUGCGAGGGAAACGGGCUCUGCGCGACAGCCAGGCACCCAGCCCAGAAGGAAGUGAAGAUGAUGAAGCUAGAAGCCCCAUCAGCAAUGACGGAGAAAACGACAUAUUUGGAUUGAAGACACCUCCCCUUGGUUCGAUUCGGGGGAGAAAAGGCAAGAUCGCUAAGAGUAAUGUCGAAGAGCCCAAGCGAGAGGCCAUGGACGUGAUGCAUUGA